ACUUUAAACUUCAUAAACACUUGCAGUAAUGGCUGAUAAAGGCAGUUCCAGUGGAAAUGGUUUCUUGGAAAGCGUUCAUGUAGACGUUAAGGAGUAUUAUGGAAAGACAGUAAAGAAGAACUCGGACCUGAAGACCAAUGCCUGUGUGACUCCAGCUCAGCCGGUCCCAUCCUACGUUCGUGAUGCGUUGAAGAAAGUUCACCCUGAAGUCUCUGUCAAGUACUAUGGCUGUGGUCUGGUUGUGCCAGAGUGCUUGGAGGGCUGCAGGAUACUGGACCUGGGCAGUGGAAGUGGGAGGGACUGCUUCAUGCUAAGUCUGUUAGUGGGGGAGCGGGGUCAUGUUUCUGGAAUUGACAUGACUGACAGCCAGCUUGAAGUUGCCAGAAAAUAUACAGACUAUCACAUGAAAGAGUUUGGCUACAAAAAGCCGAAUGUCAGUUUUUUCCUGGGCUACAUUGAAGCUUUAACUGAGGCGGGUCUGGAACAAAACUCCUUUGACAUCACCAUUUCCAACUGUGUGGUGAACCUCUCUCCGGACAAGAAGCGAGUUCUGGCUGAAGUUUACAGUGUCCUGAAGGAAGGUGGUGAGCUGUACUUCAGUGACAUCUACUGCAGUGGGAGACUAACAAAGGAAAUCAAAAACCACAAAGUGCUGUGGGGUGAGUGUCUCGGCGGGGCGCUGUGGUGGAAGGAUCUGCUGGAACUGGCCAAUGAAGUGGGCUUCAGUGUCCCUCGACUGGUUCAAGCCAGUGCCGUGACCGUUGACAACAAAGAACGGCAGCAAAUACUGGGUGACUUCAGGUUCAUUUCUGCCACAUAUCGGCUGUUCAAGGUGCCUAAAGGCAGCACGGAGACCUGCCAGGUCAUAUAUAAUGGAGGCAUCACAGGCGCAGAAGACAGCUUUAAGUUUGACUGUCGGCACACCUUUAAGGCCAACGAAGUGGUGGAAGUGGACGGGCAAGUGGCUAGCAUCUUGAAACAUUCAAGAUUUGCUGAAGACUUCACUUUUCAGCCACUGGGGGGCUCCUCUGAGCGCUGCUGUGUUAAACCCAAGGCCGACGUCGUGGAUCCUUUUGAGCUGGCGGAUCAGCUGUGCAGCGAAGGCCUCAGUGCAGCCACAGGGGGAUGCUGCAGCACACAAUCUGCUGAUUGCUGCAAACCAUGACGGGAACAGCUACU